AGCCUCAUCAGAUUAACGCUUCCUUCAUUGACGUCUUUUGAGUUGCUCCAUCCCGCCGGUUCAUAUCAUAUUUUCGUUCAGAGGCUCAAGUCCUGGAAGCCUGCGUUGCAGCAUCGGCACAAUAAUCCAACUUGAACAUAUUCAUUGGUUUGGCUGAGCGCAGCGCGGCGCCAACCCUGGGUUUCGUUUCCUCGUUGCCUAUUCGACAGAGGCAAAGCAACUAAACUGGUCACGAGGCAUGACCCGGUGACUUGCAACUAUGGCUGAUGGUUUCAAUUACACUCCUACUCUAUAGAGCGGCCCUGUAGGAGGUUGAAUCUGGCCAUAUUUAUCUUGCCGAAAAUUCGAGCUUCAUUAAAGCAUCACCUAUCUAUUUCUCCUUAUCUUCAAGGAUGCGGCUAAAGAACCCGCUCACCCUUUUACUGCUUCUCAUAGGCAACAGUGCUUUGGGGACGGCCGAUGCAAACCCACUUGCCGCAGUUACAGAUACAGAACAGCGGCAGCGGCAGCAACCACUCGACAAGUCCCGUAGCCAUGGCUAUGGCAGCGCCUCAUCGCCGUCCACGGGGAGCGGCGUGUCGGUGCCCUUCUUUGCCUCGCUGGAGCGUAUGGCACGCCUAGUCGACAUCACGUACUGCGUUGGCACAAUCUCAGGCUUGUCGCCGCCCUUUUUGUGCGCGUCGCGGUGCAAAGACUUCCCCACGCUGCGCCUGGUGCGAACGUGGAACACGGGUGUGCUCAUGAGCGACAGCUGCGGGUACAUCGCGGUGGAUAGAGGCAGCAAGGCUGCUUCUGCCGAUGAUGUCACUACUGAGGAAACCAAGGGUGGCAGCCUGUUGACAGAAACGACCGCGCCGGUGGACGAUGUUGACUCCCCGGCCAUUGUAGUGGCAUUCCGCGGCACCUACAGUCUCACCAACACCAUCAUCGACCUGAGCACCGUCCCACAGGAGUAUGUGCCGUAUCCGGCGCCAGAUGGCGAUGGCGACGGAGACGAUGACAGCGAUGGCGCCGGAAAGGCUCACAAGUGCAGUAACUGCACCGUGCACAUGGGCUUUAUGGCCUCCUGGCGCAGCGCGCGUGAAGUGGUCCUCCCAGCUCUGAAGGAGGCCCGCGAGAAGCACCCGGGCUAUCCAGUGCACCUGGUGGGACAUAGCCUAGGCGGUGCGGUGGCGGCGCUGGCGGCGCUUGAACUGCGGCUAAGCUUGGGCUGGACCGACGUUACGGUCACGACGUUUGGUGAGCCGCGCAUCGGCAACCAGGGACUGGUGGACUACCUCGACGAAGCGUUUGGCCUGAAAAGAGACGGCGAUGAAGACGAUGACGACGAUGAGGCAGCAGAAACCCUUCCUUACCGCCGCAUCACGCACGUCAACGACCCCGUACCGCUGUUGCCGCUGACUGAAUGGGGCUUUCGAUCCCACGCCGGCGAGGUGUUUAUCGCCAAGGCAGAUCUACCUCCCGACCCAGCUGAUCUGCAAGUUUGCCGCGGAGACGAGGAUCCGGCCUGCACAGGUGGCGAGGAGAAGGGCGACUGGCUGGAUUGGGUUCUAGGUCUCAUGCGGGGCGACGAGAAGCCGGUCGACGUUGUCCGUUGGGCUGCUAAGCUCGGCGUUGUCCCGGCGCGGCUCAAGCUCUGGCAGCUGUUCUUUGCGCAUCGGGACUACUUUUGGCGGCUGGGCCUUUGCGUCCCCGGCGGUGAUCCGGCCGAUUGGGGGCGUGGGAAAUACAACUUUAAUGUUUCUUCUGCUUGGGACGACAGCGAUGAUCUAUAGUCUUUUUUGGGAUUUUUUGGAGUCGUUUUUGGAGUAUUUUCUUGUAAACGGCGUGAGGCAAGGUAAAAUUAGGGAAAUCGCCCUUACUCAUGGCAGUGGUGGCGUCUGGAUUUAAGGAGGAGGCGUUAAUGCCUACAUGAUCAAUUCGUUGUUUUUGGGGCAAUGAGACUAACUAGGCUGUAUGCGAUGUAUAGAUUAAAGUUAGCCGCGAAAAAAAAGCCAAUACUCGGCGGAAGUACGAAGCACAAGUCCAACACGAAAGGUUCUC